GAGAGGCAAUCAAAAGAUAAAAAGUAACAGGCACUACAAAACCUCACGCCACUUUGUCCUUUCGUUUUUUAACUCUUUGCUUCACAGUUGCGUUGCGUCUCGCCGAAACCCUUGCAGCCACUAUACAAUCCCUAUCGCCAUGGAUAUUGAGGAGGAUAUCCGUUCUUUACAGCUUGAAUCAGCAGAAGACAAUAACGGGGUGGUAAAUCCUGAGGAUGGAAGGCCGGAAGAGGUUGAGAAAUCUGAUAAGAUGGAUGAAGAUCCUAAGCAAGAGGUUGAAGCACAGGCUGUUGAACCUGAGCCAAAAGUGAAAGAUAAGGAGGUUCAUCCUGUUCAAGAAGAAGAAGAGGAGCCAGAGACAACUAAAAGGCACUUGAAUGUGGUGUUUAUUGGCCAUGUGGAUGCUGGUAAGUCUACAACUGGAGGCCAGAUACUUUUCCUCAGUGGUCAAGUUGAUGAACGGACUAUUCAAAAAUACGAGAAAGAGGCCAAGGACAAAAGUCGAGAAAGUUGGUAUAUGGCUUAUAUAAUGGACACAAAUGAGGAGGAGAGGGUAAAGGGAAAGACAGUUGAAGUUGGAAGAGCACAUUUUGAAACUGAGACAACAAGGUUUACUAUUUUGGAUGCACCUGGCCACAAAAGCUAUGUUCCUAAUAUGAUUAGUGGUGCAUCUCAAGCUGAUAUUGGAGUUUUGGUUAUAUCUGCUCGGAAGGGAGAGUUUGAAACUGGAUAUGAGAGAGGUGGACAGACUCGUGAGCAUGUCCAGCUUGCAAAAACGCUGGGUGUGUCUAAGCUGCUUGUUGUUGUUAAUAAAAUGGACGAACCUACAGUGCAGUGGUCAAAAGAAAGGUAUGAUGAAAUUGAGUCAAAGAUGGUUCCAUUUCUAAAGCAAUCUGGGUACAAUGUCAAGAAAGAUGUCUUGUUUUUGCCAAUAUCUGGUCUAGCGGGUACAAACAUGAAAACAAGGGUGGAUAAAAGUGUUUGCCCAUGGUGGAAUGGGCCUUGCUUGUUUGAGGCCCUUGAUGCUAUCGAAGUUCCACCACGAGAUCCCAAAGGUCCUUUCAGGAUGCCCAUUAUUGACAAAUUUAAGGACAUGGGAACUGUUGUUAUGGGCAAAGUUGAAUCUGGUUCUGUUCGCGAGGGAGAUUCUUUGUUGGUCAUGCCAAAUAAGGAUCAAGUAAAAGUUGUUGCCAUAUUCAUUGAUGAGGACCGUGUUAAACGUGCUGGACCUGGUGAAAAUUUACGGAUUAGAUUAUCUGGUGUUGAAGAAGAAGACAUAGUAACUGGAUUUGUCCUGUCUAGUGUUGCUAAUCCAAUACCAGCAGUUACUGAGUUUGUUGCUCAGUUGGUGAUCCUUGAAUUGCUAGACAAUGCUAUUUUUACUGCUGGGUACAAGGCUGUUCUGCAUAUCCACUCUGUGGUUGAGGAAUGUGAGAUUGUUGAACUUCUACAGCAAAUUGAUACAAAGACAAGGAAGCCUUUGAAAAAGAAAGUUCUCUUUGUAAAGAAUGGCGCUGUUGUAGUGUGCCGUGUUCAGGUUAAUAACUCUAUUUGCAUUGAGAAGUUCUCUGAUUUCCCGCAACUUGGGAGGUUCACUCUUCGCACUGAAGGAAAAACUGUUGCCGUGGGAAAAGUGACUGGUCUGUGAGUUUGUAACAAUUUUGACUGAGGACGGGAAUUCGUGCACAAAUUAGUGGAGUGGCAGCAUUGAGGCAUAGUUGACAGCAUCAAGUUUACCAUAUAUUCAUUUUGGUAUUUGUUUUGCUUUUACUUGGUAGUAUUCAUUGAAGAGUUAUUCAUUGCUGCUGGUGCCCAUGUACUUGUAUACGGCCUAACAAGGCCUGGCUGCUUCAGUGUUUUGCGAUUGGCUGGGCUGUUUCGAGCCAGCCACUCUUGAGAUAUAAAUUUGAAAUGGAUGCUUUUAUAUUAAUCUGCCUUAUUAGCUGUGGAAACUGACGACUAUUUAAUUUUGAUAGUGAUAAUAUUAUUUCUUUAAGAGUGA